AUGCCAGUACUCGAUGGUCUUCGACAUGGUGAGCCAGUUGAUGGCAGUCCCAGUUUCAAUGGAGAUUCAGAUCGUUCAAAACGUCAAAAGAUUGUAAUAGUUGGUCUAGGAAUGGUGGCUAUCUCACUCAUUGAGAAAAUCAUCAAACAAGAUACCGAGCGCCGAUAUGAUAUCCUCGUGAUUGGUGAAGAGGCACAUGUCGCAUACAAUCGUGUUGGAUUAUCAUCAUUUUUUGAACAUCGCAAGAUCGAGGAUCUAUACUUAAACCCGACAGAAUGGUACUGGUCAAUCAAAGAAAGAGCCUUCGAUUAUCACCUCAAUACUCGAGUCACAGAAAUCAACCCUACCAAUAAGACCGUCCAAACAUCCACCCAAGAUACCAUCUCCUAUGAUAUUUUAGUCCUUGCCACCGGAUCCGAUGCUGUCCUCCCUACUCGUACUCCCGGCCACGAUGCCAAGGGCAUUUUCGUUUAUCGUACAAUUUCCGAUUUGGAGCGUCUCAUUGAUUUCGCAUCGCAACAUAAAGGCAAAACUGCUGUCACGGUAGGAGGUGGCUUGUUAGGUCUGGAGGCUGCCAAGGCUAUGACAGACCUAGAGGAUUUCGGAAACGUCAAAUUAAUCGAUCGCAAUAAAUGGGUUUUGGCUCGACAGUUGGAUUCUGAUGCGGGUACUUUGGUUACUCGCAAGAUCAGAGAACUAGGACUCGAUGUUCUGCAUGAGAAGCGGGUUGCGCUCGUUAACACGGACUCCGAGAAUAAUGUGACGGGUAUUACCUUUGAGGAUGGGCAGCAUAUUGAGUGCUGCUGCAUUUGUUUCGCUAUUGGCGUGAAGCCGAGAGAUGAGUUGGGACAAUCUGCAGGUAUACAAUCUGCUACGCGGGGUGGAUUUGUCAUUGGUGAAGGUCUUCAAACCUCGGUACCCAAUAUUUAUGCAGUAGGAGAGUGUGCCAGCUGGGAAAACCAGACUUUUGGAAUUAUUGCGCCUGGCAUUGAAAUGGCGGAUGUGCUGGCCUACAACCUCACACAUCCAGACAAAGAACCGAAGAGCUUUACCAGGCCAGAUCUGAGUACGAAAUUAAAGCUCCUUGGAGUUGAUGUCGCCUCAUUUGGAGACUUCUUUGCCGACAGAGAUGGUCCAAAAUUUCUCCCCGGUGAUCGUCCUGCUAUUGCCUCAGUUGAUACAGAUGAGCCCCGCGAGAAAGAGCCUCCUGUGAAGGCUCUCACAUACAAAGAUCCGUUCGGCGGUGUCUACAAAAAGUAUUUGUUUACUAUGGACGGAAAAUAUCUGCUGGGUGGUAUGAUGAUCGGGGACACUAAGGACUAUCUCAAGUUGAAUCAGAUGGUCAAGGCCCAGAAAGAGCUUGAAGUCCCACCGAGCCAGUUCAUUCUCGGGGCUCAGAACGAUGGUGAGGAGAAUGCAGAUGAUCUUGAUGACGACACCCAGAUUUGCUCGUGUCACAAUGUGACAAAGGGCGACGUGGUGGAAAAUGUGAAAAAUGGAACCUGCAAAACAAUCGGUGAGGUCAAGUCCUGUACUAAAGCAGGAACUGGUUGUGGUGGUUGCAUGCCAUUGGUUCAAUCGAUCUUCAACAAGACGAUGCUUGGGAUGGGACAAGAGGUGUCGAAUCAUCUCUGUUCACACAUCCCUUACUCUCGCGCCGAUCUUUACAAUCUCAUUGCAGUCAAGCAGCUGAAGACAUUUGUCGAAGUGAUGAAGACAGCAGGAAACAGACCUGAAUCCCUCGGAUGUGAAUUGUGCAAGCCUGCCAUCGGAUCCAUCCUGUCGAGUUUAUACAACCCACACGUUAUGGACAAAGGAUACAAUGAACUGCAAGAGACGAAUGACAAGUUUCUGGCCAAUAUUCAGAGAAACGGAACAUUCUCUGUUGUGCCACGAGUCCCUGGUGGAGAGAUCACAGCUGAUAAGCUUAUUGCUAUCGGAUCUGUGGCUAAGAAAUAUGGUCUAUACUGCAAGAUCACGGGUGCUCAGCGUAUUGAUAUGUUUGGUGCCAAGAAGCAAGACUUGUUGGCCAUUUGGACCGAGCUUGUCGAUGCUGGAAUGGAAAGUGGUCAUGCAUACGCAAAGGCACUUCGUGCCAUCAAGAGUUGCGUCGGUACUACAUGGUGUCGCUUUGGUCUAAGCGACAGUGUCGGUAUGGCAAUCAGACUGGAAGAACGUUACAAGAGCAUUCGAGCGCCACACAAGUUCAAGGCAGCGGUGUCUGGUUGUGUGCGUGAAUGUGCUGAGGCACAGAACAAGGACUUCGGUCUCAUCGCUACUGAGAAAGGUUUCAACAUCUUUGUCGGAGGAAAUGGAGGCGCACAGCCACGUCACUCCGAGUUGCUCAUUAAGGAUGUACCGCCAGAGAUGGUCAUGCCAAUCAUCGACCGAUAUCUGAUCUUCUACAUCCGCACCGCCGAUAAACUGCAGCGAACAGCCAGAUGGAUUGAAAAUCUCCCGGGCGGCAUCGUUUACUUGAAAGAAGUUAUCCUGGACGACAAACUGGGCAUUUGUGCCGACAUGGAAAAACAAAUGCAAGGACUUGUCGACAGCUACUUCUGCGAAUGGACAGAGACAGUCCGCGAUCCGAAGCGACGAAAGACCUUCCAGCAAUUUGCCAACACAGAUGAAACUGUGGAUUCAGUUGAAGUUGUUCAGGAGCGUUCCCAGGAGCGCCCCACAUACUGGCCACAAGAAUCAGCCAAGGAGGACUUCAAGGGCCACCAAUGGUCUAGUCUGUCUUGGCAGCCCGUUGUUAAAGCCGACCACUUCUCCGAUGAACCACCUCAAGUUUCAUCCGCCAAUGUCAAGCGUGGUGAUACUCAACUGGCUGUGUUCAAGAUAAAAGGGAAGUUUUACGCCACACAACAGAUGUGUCCUCACAAACGGGCGUUCGUGCUUUCGGAUGGAUUAAUUGGUGAUGAUGAUGCAGGAAAAUACUGGGUUUCAUGCCCGUACCACAAACGCAAUUUUGACCUCAAUGGUGAGCAGGCAGGUCGCUGCUCGAAUGAUGAGAGCAUGAAUAUUACUACAUUUCCAGUUGAGGAACGGGAUGAUGGCUGGGUCUAUAUCAAAUUGCCCCCGGUUGAAGAGCUGGAUUCAGUUCUUGGUACGGAGAAAUGGAAGGUCAAAAAGGGAGAAGCACCGGAUCCAUUCCAAAAGAUGGAUAAGAGAUACAAGGGCAUGCGAGGCAAGAAGGUGGCUGAUGGUGAAGCACUAGCUCGGCCGCCUGUUCAGCCCGCCAAUGGCAUUGACUGGUAA